GUCGAUAUUUCUCUGAGUGCGGCAGCACUGUUCGUUUCAAGUCGACGAAACGAGCUUCCAAGUUUUUUACUCUGUGUGGAGUUGUUUCGUUUGGUCGCGUCGGUCGAAGGAGUCGGUUGUUCGUUUUCGUGCGCUCAAGUAACGGUAAGCGCGAAUGCCAUCGCCUGUUUUACUGUUAUUUUAACUCGGGACGUCCAUGCGUGCCUGCGCCCCUGCCUCCCUGCGCUCUCCUGUCUCUGUAUAUGUGUGGGAGACAAACAAAUAGCAAAACGAGAAGGAAAACCGUAGAGAGAAUUCCGCAAAAAGGGGGGUGGCGAACAUCCUGUUUUUCUGCGCCCGCUGCCAGAGUAACCACCCCCUCUCAGGGACGACAACAACAAAGUGUACUUGAGUGUAAAAGCGAAAAAAGGAAAUAAAUAUACGUACGAACCGUUAACUGCGCCAUUUGUACUUCGCAACAACAAAUGGAAGAUUUGAAAGCAUAACUAUAAAACUGUGUGUAUGUGUGUGACGGAGAGCACAAAAUCAACAACAAAAGCCGUAGUGAAGCGGAUUGUUAAUAAAAAAAGGUCGGCGCCUGUAAAAGAAAAGCCAAUCGAAGGAUGUAAUAUUAAAAGUUAGGCAAAGUGAAGAAGAGCAAAUCAAAAAGAAAGACGAUAAAAAAGCAACGUUGAAUUGGACUCUAAAGCAACAACUUGAAACAGUUUAACGAUGCCUAAUACGCGUUUAUAAUCCGCAAUCAAACCAUCAAAACAUGCUGGGAAAUCGGUAGGGAAUUAUAUGAAUUCCUCCCAUUGUUGGAUUGCAUCAUUCGUCGAGGGCGUGGCUUAGCAUUAAAUGUAAUGUGCAGCUGUCAAGCAGGACCUUUCAUCAUUCACACAUCAUCAUCAUCAUCAUCCGAGCCAUCUUCUCCAGGCCCAAUAGCACAAUGUCCACAACAGCAGCUGGACUAAAGUCGGCAUCCAAAGGAGCCUACGGCGUCGGGACGGAGACGGAUCACAUCAUAACCAUCAGCACUGCCAGCUUGACGGAGUCGCACAGCGAAAAUCCCGCAAAGGGAGUAGUCUCUCCGGUCAGAAAACCCCAUUCCCUGGGAAGUGAGCCCCAUUCCACAGAAAACACUAUUCUCGGUGACCAGGUGAACGGUGAGCCAGAUAAGAAACCCCUCCACUUGUGCCGGCUGUCGCAGGUGGUGAGCUACCAGAGUAACAUCGCUGAUGUCCAGCACCGGAAGGGUAGACGCCUCCACGGAUUGCAGCUGCCACUGCAUCCUCUCCAGCUCUUUGGCUGGCUGGUGCUCCUUCUGUUUGGAGUGGCUAGCUACUGGGUCCUCAUUCCGGCCUUUCAUGCCCGCAUCCAAGGACCACUCUACGGACUGAUCACCGGACUCUAUCUGGUGCACAUUGCCUCUCAUCUGACGGCCUUACUCACAGAUCCUGCGGACAAGGAGCUGCGGCGAGUGCAUCGCAACGAUCGGAUUGUCCCGGAGUUUGACCGGUCGAAGCACAGUCACGUCAUAGAAAACGGAAGGUGCCAUCUGUGCAACAUCCGGACCUCCUCCAGCCGCACCAAGCACUGCUCCGUGUGCAACAAGUGCGUGGGCAAGUUUGAUCACCACUGCAAGUGGCUGAACCACUGCAUCGGAUCGCGUAACUAUGUGGCCUUCCUAAUGUGCGUGGUCAGCGCUGUGGUGGCCACCCUGGUCAUCGUGGCCGCCGUGGUGGCCCAAAUCGUCUUCUACUACGUCCAGCCCGAGUGGUUGAGCUUCUACUGGUGCCCCACGGAGUCGAGCCACCCAAUCGAAAGCGGCGACUACAUAAACAUCACCCUGAGCCUGGGAAACAGCACCAUGAUGCUAAUAGAGCAGCACCCUUCGGAGGAGAACGCGCAUCAGGAAACCUGGGACGAGGAGCAGGAAAAUAUGACCAUCUCAACACUGCCCACCCUUCUGGAGAAUUUUACAGCUCUCAUAGAAGCAAGCACAACGCAGCCUGGGAUUAGCCCCACUAAUCACACCCUAUCGCAGCCAGUAGUGGCCGGAAUCGGACUCAACGAAACCAUUUUCCUUUUUCUUCUGGGAGUUCUGGGACUGCUUGCCGCCGUGAGUGCGGGAUUGCUGCUCCACCUGUGCUUCUUUCACAUUUACAUCUCGUUCCUGGGACUGACCACCUAUGAAUACAUAAGGAAUCACCGUCAGGCCCAGGAUGCCAAGAGCAAGCAGCUCCUGGAGGGAGCUCCCAGCGUAGGAGCGCCCAAAAAUGGAAACGUACACUUCUCGGCUUCGUUGCCCGAGCCACAUAAUCCGUCCAAGUCCUUACCAGGAGGUCAGCAGCUCUACUGCUGUUCCAGUGCCCCACAUCCCAGCCAGCACUCCCAGGAAUCGGUUGGUCAGACGGAGCAAAACCUGCGGUUGCACUGCUGUGCCAGCUCCAGGGAGUUUCACCAGAGCGGGCAGGCCAUCUACGUUUGCUCGAUGCUGGAGGAGGCAGUUCCGCAAGUCCAGGUUGAGCCGGAUACGCUGAGUAGCUUCCACUGUUGCUCUAGCUUUGCCGCUAGUUCCCUGCAGCGCAGGGUCAGCUUGGCCAAAGGAUCGUUGAUCUCAGCCGAGCCGCGUCACCUAAGACCAGCGACGUAUCUGCAGUACACCGAGCAGUGUACCCUUUGCACUUUCCGUCUUAGAAGAGGAUCAGGACCAGGGACAGGAUCUUCAGGAGCUGUGAGCAGCGCCGGCGGAAGUAGUAGCACUCGCACACUGACCAGUCAAACAGGCGGCUCCUCCGCCUCGGCCACAGCAGCCGGAAAUAUCUCAAAGCAUCAGCGGUGGCGCAGGAAAUGGAAUUGCUGCGCCGCGGUUCCCGAUAGCCCCGACUUGCCCAAUGACCUCCUCGCUGCCCUAACUUUCCGCGAAAGCGAGGAAGCAGCAGCAGCAGCCAAGCUAAACACCCAGGAGCUGCCUAUCCAGUUUAUACGCACGCUAAACGGCGGCUUGGAUCAGGAGCUCCCUCUGAAGGCGACAACAGCCACUCCCACGCCACCGAGAAGUUCCCGUCUGCGCUACAUGCUGCGUCUACUGGGACGCUAUCGAAGGCCACGCUGUCGCCAUGGGGCCCACCAUGGAAUCGCUGCCAAAGAGCACCACAAUAUCGGUGGCUCUGCCAUCAAACAAAAUCAAAUACGUCCGCUGCAACUGCAGGCAGCCGGGCGUGGCUAUGCCAAUUCCACUGCCACGCCAACGCCGCCCGCAAGCUCGCCAAGCAGAAGUUCCUUGGAGAGCAGCGAUCUGAGCACCAGCACGAGUCCUUCGUGCGGCAACAAGGAGCUGAUGCUGCUGCCCACAUCCGUGAUAAGGGACGACAGCGUGACCACCUACACGCUGACCUUGCCGCCUGCCCUGCCACCGCCCACGAGGAGAAAAAUGCACCAGACCUCCCAGGAGCUGGCGGAGUUGGCAGAGACCUUGGGGUUCGCCAGCAACUUGCAGCACAGUCAGCAUAGCAGCCAGACCAACAGUCGAACGCUGCCCAGUUUCGGGAAUGUCUACCGCCGGCAGAGGCGAAAGCACUUCUUGCGGACACGAUCUCCCACACUGUCGCCCAUCCACGAGUCCGGCCUUUCGAAUCCAACCUCGCCGCAGCCCCUGAGGCACCACCACCAGAAUUUAUCCAACUCGAACUCCAAUCCGGCCAAAGCCAUGUCCUCGCCUAUUCUCAAUAGCAGCUCAGGAUCUGCGAACUCCUCGGUACUUCUAGUCCAGAACCUGUGCAGUUUAGCAGGCGAAACGCUGAGGAAGACCGCGUCCAACAGUUCGCUGCAGAGCCUCAGCUCCAAUUCGAGCAGCACCUAGAAACGAGUGUGUGUUUCUCGUAGUCCUUAGGUUAGCUUUAGUCCCCCCUAGGCCAUAGUCCCCCGCAAUCCAAGCAGUUCUGUUGGAGUUGCGGAAAUCAAUUAAUCCGCACAUAAGCGUUGAAAGUCAUAACUAAAAUCAAUUACGCACGAGGAGAGUGGGUGAGGGAGUGGAUUGGGUGGUUAACUGUCGGGGCCAGUGAAGGAAAUUGCCUUUGAUGCGAUGCGGUUUCAUUGCCAAACUUAAUUACCGCUUUUGGUCGAAGUUCCUUAGUUUGAGUUUUUCGAUUGCAUAUUUGGUUUAUUAUGAGUCUGGCUUGGAAAGGUAAUACAACACAUGGGAUUUAUUGCCGAUACAGAAUAUUAGGUGUUCUAUCACGUAUCAAAGUUAUUAGUUGAUAUCCGGAUUUAUUUAUACAGUUUAACUUUAAUCCGUUACUUGCGAAUGUAGGGAUAGUCUUUUAAGAAGGUUAAUCAUAGUCCCUCGCUGCUUAGUCAAAUGAAAAUUGGAACAUUUCUAGAACUUCCAUCGUAAUUUUAGUUCCAAAAUUAAAUCAUUAUUUUAUGUCAACUCUUUAAGAAAAUCAACAGACUAUUCUUUUUCCAUUAAAGUUGCUUCAUUAACAUAUUUUCUCACAAACCUUAAUGAGAAUUUUAGACCAGCGGUUUUUAGAAAGACAUUUUGUAUACAUAUUUCUCGAAAGCUCCUGUUUGGCCAACUGAAUCCCUUUUGAUGACAUUUGACUCAAACUAAACAUGUAUUUCGCAUCCUUUGAAUGACUUUGCAGUUGAGUUGAUGAAAUAUGCAACAGAAUGUGCUCGAGACUCUACUCAUUUUCCGCCCCACCCCUUCGCUGGUAUUGAUUUUAAUUUUGGAAAACGUGCAGGCGAAGGCGUCAGCUUAUUACGUAUUGUAUCUGCAGCUGAAGCUUCGUUUGUAUCUGAAUCCGCGUAGCCGUGUAUCUGCCAAACAGAUGGAAAAGGGACGAGGGCGAGGACACAACUGCAGCAUGUUGCCAAAUUGUUACGCAAAUGUUUUCAUUCGAUCUCAAUUCAAGUGCAGAGAAAACCCCAGCCAAAAAACCGACGAUGGCAAUUGUCUACUUGUUCUACUUGAUUUUGACGACUGUCGCUCGGCCCAUUAAAUAUUCCGAGGCUGAAUAAUUAAAGCGACGCAAGUCAGGAAAACAAGACACGGGACAGGAUUGAACAGGAACCCGGGAAAUGGAAUCGCGUCAAAAGCGGCAUUGGAUGAGUGCAUGAGCCCAUCCUCCUCAGUUGUCAGUCGGACUGCUAACUGCUAACUGUUAUCAGGGCUUAAAAGCAGGGAUAGACAGACAGUCGUAACGACUACGCACAUGACACUCUGGGAUUCAGGUGGUGCUCCUCCUCUUUAUUGCGCCAGACAGUCGCAUGGUUCUUGUUAUUGAAACUGACAGCGGGAAAAGUCCAUUUUUAACCGGCUGAAGCCGAGCAGGUGGGAGUGGCAGUGGAUUCAGAUAGAUGGAUUGCUAGGAAAAGAUUCGCUUUGAGUGCAAAACGUGCGCGUUGAGUUGGAGGUCGAGCUUCAGUGCGCUUAGUAUUCUUGUCUAGUGGCCAUUCUGGAUCAAUAUGUUACCCUUAAUCGAAACUUUCAGUUUUUUGUUCCUUUUUUGGAACCAAUUUCAUAUACAUUCGCUAAUUGCCUACUUAGCUAUUACUUUUACAAAUUACUUUUAUUCCACGCAAACUUAAACUUUGGUGAACUUUCUUAAACUGGCAAGGAGUGCUGUGACCUUUCAAUAUAUUCAAGAUACUAAAGUAAUAGUAAUAAACUGAAUUUGUCCCGAUAUCCGAGGCGCUCUUCAUAGUGUUGUUUCCAAUUAACGAAUUUGAGUUGUGUCCGCCUGUCGGCGAAAUGCAGUCAAAUAAAAGGGUUGGCUCACCUGCAAAUGUUGAUGCCUCAUGGAGGUAACCUUACAUGGAUUCGGGUGAUGAGGGAUAGAAGCUAGUAGGGUGUCAUUGAGCCCGAAUCCAAAGGAAGACUUGACUUCCAGCGGCUGACAUGCAUUUUGCAGGUGGCUUCGGUCUAUUCGUUUUUAGUGACAAGAGACAAGGGACAGACGCUUGGCAAAUGACUCAAAAUAACAUAAUGCAGCGACUCUAAGUGGAUUUUCAAUGCACAGACAGUUGGAGCAACAACUUUGCUAUCUUUUCCAUUUCCCCCGUUUAUUUCCGUAAGCAAAACCCGCUGCAUACUUUUCAGGGCGCUCUGUGUGUGCUUGUGUGCGUGCGAAAAUGUUAAAUUUGAUGGCACUUGGCGAUACCAUUCGCCAAUUCGAAACGGCUUUAAAGGGUAUAUGCUGGUGAUAUAUACCGGAUAUUUAUUUUUAUAAAAAUAUAUUCGACUUUAAUUGCCUGUUCGUGUCCUGCUCCCAAGCCUCUGGCUAUUGCCACGCCCCCAAAAGUGGCAGCGCGGACUGCCAGGCAACACCCUCGAACUUUCGGUUCGGCUGCAGUUUGGUUUCAGUUUGGCUCCCGGUGGUGAAGUUUGUUUACGAGACAUAAAGCAGAAGUAUGCAUAUUCUCGGUAAAUUGGGGGCGGGGCUGCUCCCACUUGACUGACUUUCCCUAUGGCAACGAAAGCAAUGCUCCUGCUGCUUUGGUUGUAGUUGUCGUCCUGGUGAUGGCCGUGCAUCAAUUAUAAAACAUUCUCUGCCAUCCGAGUCUAUGCUUUUCUGACAUGCAAGCCGAAAACGUUCUUCAUUUCUGGCAGACAGCAGGAGAAACACUGGAAAUUAAAUUGGAUUUAAUUGAUAAGCUAUUUUGUGUUAAAACUUAAUGGUUUUCUUUGUUUACGCCAUUUUACGUUAUAAUUAACCUGUAUAUAAUUUUAAACCAUUUGUUCACGUGUAAGAGCAACACCUUCCCUGAAAAGUGGCCUUACUUUUCGGUUGGCUGUAGGACAAACGAAUCAUGAUUGAUUGGGCCUGAAUUGGGUGCGAAGGCUCACCACGACAGACAGUUGCUCCUCCUGCCCCUGCUUACCAUUUCCUUACUGCUAUUAGCAAUGGUAGUUAGGUUGGCUCCAACUCCCAGCCCACUUGGCCCACACACUCCUUUUGUUUCGCCUUGUGCCCUGCAAUGACAUUUUCAGCUGCUUUGCUUUUCCCUUUUCGUUGGUUCAACGAACUUCUCUCCUGGCUUCUUUUCUCUCGGCUCUUUUGUUGAAUUAUCAGCCAGGUGGAAUAUUCAGGACAUAACGUGGUACAGUGGUAGGACAUAUGUGUAUCCGACCGCUCUGCAGACCCGUCUAAUAUGCUUUUCAAUUUGGUUAAUGACUUUUUGUAUCCCUUCUGGGUUUCAUUUCCAUCUGUAACCUAAGCUUAAACAAAUUAUCAAAGAGAACAGACAAACAAAAACAUAAAAAAGAAAUGUUUAUGAGACUGGAGUGGGGAAAAGAAUGUACGAAAACAAAUGAAAGAUUGAAGAGUAAAACAAUAAUUAUAAUAAUUUAGCCAGGCCAAUUAAGCACGAUUAUGAAAAACAUAUAUAUUUUGAUAAAAUGUGCAGGGUGCAGGAAAUAAGCGAGGAUUAUAGCCCCAGAAAGUACGCUAUAAAUUAUGUGACUAUGCUUUGUACCAUAAACGAAAAAUAAAAAUUGUUCA